CGAGCGAGAUUUUUUUUUUCUCUCUAAUAAGACUCGAGCGAGACUACUGGAGAGGAGGGAAACAAGUGGUCGCCCAUGGACGCCGCGGCGGAGCCUCUGCUGCCGCAACCGGCAACCGCCGUGGACCACCUCGGCCGUCCAGUCUCCCGCCUAACCUCCGGGCGGUGGCCCGCCGCGCUCUUCAUCAUCGGGGUGGAGAUCUCAGAGCGGUUCGCCUACGGCGGCAUCGCAGGGAACCUCAUCACCUACCUGACCGGCCCGCUGGGGCAGUCCACGGCGUCGGCCGCCGCGGCCAUCAACGCCUGGAGCGGCGCCGCACUUCUGCUGCCGUUGCUCGGAGCCGCCGUCGCCGAUUCCUGGCUCGGCCGUUACCGCACUGUAGUAUGCGCCUCCCUGCUCUAUAUCCUGGGCCUGGGCAUGCUCACACUAUCAUCAAUUCUUGCGCCACAACAACCAGCACAAUUUGGAGAUCACAUGGAUUCCGCUUUAUCCUCGACUUCAACAAUUCAUUUAGCUUUCUUCUACGUGUCCCUGUAUAUUGUGGCCUUUGCUCAAGGUGGCCACAAACCUUGUGUGCAAGCAUUUGGGGCAGACCAAUUUGAUGAGAACGAUCCUGAAGAAUUUGCCUCGAGAAGUUCCUUCUUCAAUUGGUGGUAUUUUGGGACGUAUGCAGGCAGCGUUGUUACAGUUUCAAUCCUGAAUUACAUUCAAGAUAACAUAAGCUGGCAGUUUGGGUUUGGAAUCCCUUGCAUCGUUAUGACCCUUUCUCUUGCAGUUUUCUGGCUUGGGACCAGGACUUAUCGAUUUUAUCCUGUAAGAAGUGAUGGAAGCCUAAUUGGACAGGUUGUCAAACACAUUUUAUCAUUGGUUAGAACCUGGCAUGCAUCAUGGAGUUCGGGGUCAUCUGAUGAUUCCCACUGCAUGCCAACAUCGUCAUCUAGCAGACUCAAGGAUAAUGCAGAAAUGACAUGUUUCCCUGAUGAAGCCAAGUCUCUGCUUAAAUUGUUUCCAAUAGGGGCAACCUGCCUGAUCUAUGCAGUUGUUUUUGCCCAGUGGAUGACGCUGUUCACUAAACAAGCAAGUACACUAGAUAGGUGGAUAGGUAGCUUACAGGUACCAGCUGCUGCUCUACAAAGCCUAAUCAGUGUGUCAAUCGUCAUCUCGAUUCCUAUAUAUGACCGGAUACUUGUUCCACUAGCUAGAAAAUACUCAAAGAACCCUUGUGGUAUCACAACCUUGCAAAGGAUUGGAACUGGACUAGCCAUGUCUGUGAUCUUGAUGGUUGUCGCGGCCAUCGUGGAGAUGAGAAGGCUCAGGGUAGCAAGAGAACAUGGCCUUGUGGACAAUCCCGAAGCAACGAUUCCGAUGAGCUUUUGGUGGGUGGUACCUCAGUUCGUCCUGACUGGCUUGGCGGACAUGUUCACCAUGGUCGGCUUGCAGGAGUUCUUCUACGACCAAGUGCCGGAUAGCCUGCGCAGUUUGGGCCUUGCCUUAUACUUGAGCAUAUUCGGAAUUGGGAGCUUCAUCAGUGGCUUUCUGGUGUAUGCAAUCGACCGGGUAACCAGUGACGGUGGAGAUCGUUGGUUCUCGAACAAUCUAAACCGAGGUCAUCUUGAUUACUUUUACUGGCUUCUGGCCGCGCUCAGCGUUGUCGGGCUGGCUGCUUACCUCCACUUUUCACAAGUGUAUGUCCCCAAGAAGAAGGGCAUUUCAGCAGAAUGAUGGUAUGCGCCAAGUGACUGCCAACUGAGAUGCCUGAAAUCCAUGAAUCCAUGUCUGCCAACUGGUAUGCGAAGCUUUCUCUAGGCUGUUGUACUUCGUAAAUAGGCGACGUCACCACUGUAAGCUGUGGCGAUUUCACAGUGUGAUUGUUUUUUUUUUUUUUGAGGCAUCACAGUGUGAUUGUUGAGUCCGGAAGUUUUCACUGCGCGUCAGUGUCCUGAGGUGUGAUGUCGGUUUGCAAGCCCAACUGUUGUACUAAGCGGCCGUGAAAUCAAUUUAUAGCUAAUGUUAGAGUAGUCAUUAUGGUAUACGACUUCUAGUCCAAGUCAGUUUUGUAUCCCUACCCCAAGUCGGUUUGUACCCUCUUAUAUACUCUUGUAUGCCGCAUCAAAUCAUCAAUAAGCAACAGUUUUAUUCA